AUGUCGGGAAAGUGCUUCGUAAUCGGCAGCUGCAUUUGCUUCCUAGUCGUAUCGUUUAUUAUUUCAAUCGGUUUUCCAUGGUUAUUUAUAGGCGACCUGUAUGUCAUGCCGAGAGUUUUUGAGAAUGGAGAAUUUACCUUGAUUCUGUGGUCAGUGCAGGCGGAAGGGGAUCUUCCUUAUUCCUGCAAUAACUCUUAUUCAAAGGAACUUACAGAUGAACUUAAGUCCCCCAGUGUCGAGUCCUUUAUUCGGGCAUCAACAACAAGCAAUUCAGUGAAAUGUCUCGCUGUGUAUUUGAACCUCACAAAUGCAUGUCAAACGCUGGACGAUGUAAGCAAAGUAAAGGCUCAAGUCCCCAAGAUAGCUCUUGUCACCCUUGUGAAUGAAUCUACAUGUACGUUACAAGAGCUUGCCGGAAAUGUACAGAAUGCAGGUUAUUCUGUGCUGAUAUAUUUUGCCGCAUCUUAUGCCAUAGCGACAGUGAAGAACAGCAAGAACGAAGUGUUAAUUCCAGUGGCAAUUGAGGACAUGACGGACCAGCCGCCUGAUUAUUCAUGGUAUUCAACACUUUCGAAUGCAGAUCUAACUUAUGUUGAAAUUUUCGCCUAUACAGAUGAACUGACGAAAAUGAAAUCUUACUUAAAGAGACUAUAUUUUUGGUUUCUUAUUGGCCCUUUAAUUACACUCGAGUGGAUGAGGCGUACAAGGAAAUUUUGUUGGACGUCUGACAGUCAAGAUGAUCAACGAGAAGCGGAAGAGCGAACAACUGAAAACGAAAGUGAAAUUCGAACCAUGGAAGAAGGUGAAAAUGGAACUGAGGAGUCACGUCAACUUUUGCCCCCAAAUUACCAAGGCUCUUCUUUUAACCAAAGAAGCUGCGAGGAACAACCGUUACUUGACGCUGAAUAUACAAGACAACCCCGACGCAUUGGAAGGGUCAAAAGUUUGAAAAAGUUCAUUUACAAAGGGGUAUUGUGUUUUUGUUACCUAAUACUUAUCAUUGCAGCUCUUCCGAUUGGAAUAUCUAGUGGAGAUUACUCGUUUUUUAGAUUUGAUCACAGUGCAUUCCCCGGGUUUUUAAGAGGUUCCGGAGUAAUAUCCUUCCUCUCCGACCUGCAACAAAAAUUAUUCCUCUUGGACUUAAACGGAUUUAUUGCGAUUGCUGCAAUUGGUUUUCUGUGGUCACCUAUUCAGAUAUUUUGUUUCUUACUGUACAGUCGGUUAGCUUGUACUUCCACUUGGGUUGUUCCUAUCAAUGUUUUAAAACUUAUUCGUAGCGACUGGUUUGCUUCAAAUAUUUCUUUGCUGGUUUUAGCUGUAGUGGUCCCUUUAUGUACCUCAACAUACAAUUUUGUCGCUUUCUCAUCUUACAACACCGUUUGCACAAUGUGUAAUCUGCUUUUCGUAAUCAUUUUAAACAAGCACAAGUUUGUCACGCGUUACGUUUUCUACAUAAGCGUGUGUAUGAUUUUUGCGUAUCUGGAAAGCAGCAUCGUUGCCGUGUUUUAUUUUGUUCUCAAUUCUGAAGGAUCCUUAAACAACUUAAAACUAACUGCCCUUCGCACUGUGGCGAUCGGACUUACUUUGAAAGUGAGUUUCAGUUCUUCCAUGCACAUCAUACGGAAACUCAAUAAGCCGGUGGAAUCGCUGUUUGAGGGACUUUCGGAGACGUAA